UGGCGGAUCCGCAACCAUUCGCAAUGUGAACAAUAUCCUUUAAAAAUAGAAAGGACGGCCAAGUUCGAAAUAACCAUUUUUCUGCACCGAUUUAGUGCGUGUUGAGUUUUUUUUCAAUUGUUAGUGGAUGCUGGAGGCCAUAAACACCACCACGGCGAUGAUUUGAGUGAAACUGCACGCAGACGUUGAACGACACUCACUCGAACUGGUUGGAAGUGGUUUCAUUUCGAAAAUUUUCUUUGUGCUUGCUUUUGCAAAAAACGAUCUUAAUUUUAUUGUUGUGUGGAGACUCAGUUCCUUCAGAGACUUGAAGACGACAACAUGACGUCAGAAACGAAGGGUAGUCCUGUCUUACAAUACAUUGCUGCCGUCACUGGCACUUUGGCCAUCGUCACCGACGGCAUGAUCUACGGCUGGUCGUCCCCCAGCCUCCCCCAGCUCAAAAACAACGAGACUUGCACCUUGUGCAUUGACGAAAACCAGGGCUCCAACCUGGCCGUCAUGCCCCUGGUGGGGGCGGUCAUCGGCUCGCUCACCGCCGCCACCAUCGUCGACAUCCUGGGCCGCAAACGCACCAUCCUUGCCACCGCCGUCCCCUUCUUCCUCUCCUGGAUAAUGGUGGCUUUCGCCCCCAGCAUCGUCCUCCUCUACAUCGCGCGUUUAAUCGCCGGCAUCGCCGACGGCGUCACCUUCACCGUCGUCCCCAUGUACAUCGGCGAGAUCGCCGACCCCCAGGUGCGAGGGAUGCUCGGCUCCAGCUGCUCCGUGACCUGGAUCGCCGGUUUUCUCAUCAUAAAUGUGAUAGGGUCGUACCUUAGUAUUAAAACCACGGCACUUGUGUCCUCAAUUGUGCCGGCAAUCCUAUUUAUUACAUUCUUGUGGAUGCCGGAAAGUCCGUACUAUUUGUUAAUGCGUGGGAGGGCGGACGAGGCCCGGAAAUCACUAGAACGCCUCAAAAAACGCGAAAAUGUCUCCGGGGAUUUGAACCGAAUCCGGAACGCAAUCCAGGCUGAGGAAAAGUCGCACAAUGGGAAAUUCGUCGACUUGUUCCGGGUGAAGAGCAACCGGAAGGCCGUUUUCAUCAUCGGGGGGCUCCGGGGCUUCCAGCAAUUGGCGGGGACCACGGCUAUUGCCUUCUACACCCAUGAGAUUUUCCAAACUGCUGGGGACCACAUUUCCGCACAUUACGCUGUGAUGAUUUACUACUCCAUCCAGUUGCUCCUCACAAUGUUCUCCUCGAGUAUUGUGGAUAAGGCCGGUCGAAGACCACUGUUGAUCAUCUCAAUGGCGGGGUCGGCGUUAGCCCUUUUUGUCGAAGGGACCUAUUUUUAUCUUUUGAACGAAACGGACAUUGAUACGAGCUCAUUUUCGAUCGUGGCCGUUGUGGGGCUUCUAGCUUUUGUGAUAAUUUUCAGUUUAGGGAUGCAGUCAAUCCCGAUUUGUAUGUUAGGGGAGUUGUUUCCCACAAAUGUGAAAGCUUUUGCGCUUUGUUUGGCCGAUGUUUACUUCAGUGUGAUGGCCACAGUGGCCUCCAAGUACUUACAAAUAACUAAAGUAGAAUACGGACUACAUGUCUCGUUUUACGGUUUCGGGAUUUGUUCGCUACUUGGACUAGUUUUUAUUUAUUUCUUUGUGCCUGAAACGAAAGGAAAAACCCUCGAAGACAUCCAGAAAAAACUGAGAGGGGAAGUCGAAGUUUGUGAUGAACGAGGCGCCGAAGAAGAGAAAGUUAGUCUCAAAGCGUAAUUUUAUUGAAUAAAGUACUUAUUUUUUUACAA